GCUCUGCACACAGCUACCAUGGUAACAUGUAAACAAAACUCUGAGAGGCAGAGGAGUCAAAAUGUCAGCCAAGAGGACAGAAAGAGUGGAGCGAGUGGAGGAGGUGAAGACGGAGGUUUUCUCAAAGGAGGAGGAGGAGGAGGAGGAGAGGAGUGAGGAGGUGGAGGAGAACUUUGAGGAGGCGAUGAGGGAGGCCGCCUCCUCCACUGCUUCAAGGAGGAAACACGAUCCUCCAAAACAACAACAACAAACUAUUCCCAAAAUCCCAGAGGCAGUGGACGACUUCCUGAGGAACUUCCUCCGGGGUCUGGGGAUGAGCCGUACUCUGAGCAGCUUUGAGGCGGAGUGGUAUGGCUCGGCUCAGAAGCUCCAGACCGAGUCUCUGAAGAUGACCUCUACUGGUGUCUGCUUCAUCCCUGACGCUCUCACACACCAGCAGCUCCUCCAAAGUGAGCUGGAGGAGGUCUGCAGGGAGACCUACCAGCUCAGGGAGGAGGUCCUGAAGGCCGGGGAGAGCCUGGUGAGGAUGCAGAUUGAAAGGAACUUCCACCGGAUACAGUACAGACGAGCUCUAGAGGAGAAGGACCGGCUGAUGGAGGACCACAAGAGGCUGAGGAAACACCUGCAGUCUUUUGAGCCAGCGCUCAAACAGUUGGACGACAAAUAUCAGGGCGCUCUGUCGCAGAAAAUGCUCCUCAGUUUAGAGAAGGAGCGAGUGAAAAACCAGGAGGACUCUGAAAUCAAGAAAGAGAGAGGCCUCAGGAGUAGCUCACCUGCAAGAUCAACCUUAAGACUUCCAAGGAGAGCAGAGUUCCCUGACCCUCGCCUGGCUCAGGUGAGCUCUGAUGGAGACUAUAAAAGUUCCUUCAGCUUGUCCUGCUCCAUCAGAGCUCACCAGCUCCCCAUCAGCUGCAUCCACCUGCAUCCACGAAAGAUGAUCCUUGCCUCCGCCAGUGAUGAUCGAAGCUGGAGGCUGUGGGCGCUGCCAGUGGAUGGGGAGAAGGUUGGUCAGAUGGUGCUGACAGGUGAGGGUCACUCUGAUUGGCUGUCUGGCUGCAGUUUUCACCCUGAUGGAGCCAAACUGGCGACGACGAGCGGAGACACGACGGUGCGUCUCUGGGAUUUCUCUCGUGGCUGCUGCGUGAUGACGCUCUCCGGUCACACUCAGCCCACCUGGUCCUGCUCCUUCCACUCCUGCGGUCACUUCCUGGCAUCCUGCUCUGCUGACAAAACUACCAAGCUGUGGGACCUGAACAGAGAGAUCAACCAUCUCACACUGCGCCGCCACACCGCCUCUGUGAACAGCGUCUGCUUCCUGCCCUUCUCUGACCUCAUCCUCACCUGCUCCGCCGAUAAAACCCUCGCCAUGUGGGACGCCAGGCUGGGAGUCUGCACCUCUACCUUUCAGGGUCACCAGAACCCCUGUAACCAUGCAGCCUUCAGCCUGGCGGGGAACAUCACAGCUUCCUGUGACUCUCAUGGCGUUAUCAACCUGUGGGACAUCAGGAAGGCGUCAGCAGCUACAGCAGCGGUUGAUAUUGGACCACAGGCCGCCAACCAGGUAGCGUUCAGCCCGUCAGGGAGGACACUUGCUGUUGCGUGCAGCGACAGCAUGGUAAGACUGGUGGAGGUGGAUUCCCUCGCAGUGAGCAGCCUGUCGGGUCACUGUGAUGGCGUGCAGAGUGUGACAUUCGACCACAAGGGGGAGACUGUGAUAUCAGCGGGGAGUGACGGGCUGAUUAACGUCUGGUCAUGACCAAGGAAAGAAAAUGCAGCUUACAGUGUAAGCACCAAAGAACUGCACUUCCUCAGGUGGCCACUAGGGGCUUCCCUCAAAAGUGAGUCAAUCCUCAUAGAGCUCCAUGUUAGAUGUAAGAGUCUGACCUCACAGCAGAAUUAAACAUGACAUCACAGCGUGCUACAAAAACAGU